AUGAAAAAAUAUAAAAUAGGAGCCACAUUAGGUGAUGGAACUUUUGGUGUAGUUAUGAAAGCUGUUGAUGAAACAAACGGGCAAGUUGUAGCAAUUAAAAAAAUGAAAUCAAAAAAAUGUCCUAAAUGGGAAGAGAUCAUAAAACUUCCUGAAAUAACUUCUUUGAUGAAGUUCCAUCAUCCAAAUAUAGUCAAUCUUUAUGAGAUUAUAAAACACAAUAAUGAACUCUUUUUUGUAUUCGAAUACAUGGAUUAAAACGUAUACUAAAUGACUAAAGAUCGCGAGAAGCCAUUUACAGAAAAUCAAAUUAGAAAUAUUAUAUAUUAGACACUUCAAGGAUUAGCUUAUAUUCAUAGACAUGGUUACUUUCAUCGUGAUCUCAAACCUGAAAAUUUACUUGAGUCUAACAACACAAUAAAAAUAGCAGAUUUUGGAUUAGCACGCGAAAUUCGUUCAAAACCUCCAUUUACAGAUUAUGUUUCUACUAGAUGGUAUCGUGCUCCUGAAGUAAUUUUAAGGGCGAACAAUUAUAAUUCUCCUAUUGAUAUAUUUGCUAUCGGAUGUAUUAUGGCCGAAUUAUAUAAAUUAUGGCCUCUUUUUCCAGGAUAGAAUGAACUAGAUUAAAUCCUUUAAAUUUGUAAAGUUAUGGGAACUCCAAGUAAAGAGGAAUGGCCAGAAGGUUAUAAAUUAGCAUCAGGAGUAGGCUACAAUUUUCCUCAAUACAAGCCUCAACCUUUGCAAGAAUUAAUUCCAAAUGCUUCUCCUGAAGCUAUUGAUUUAUUAUAAAAAAUGCUGCGUUAUUCUCCUUAAAAGAGAAUUUCAGCAUAUGCAGCCUUAUAGCACCCAUUUUUUUCUUGUAACAUCCCAAUCCCUGAAAGCAUAAAAAUGAAAAAUGAUAAAAUAUUAUAAGAAGGAAGUGUGCUAAUCGACAAAAGAAACUUCAACGAUUCUUCUGUUAAAAAUGAUAAUAGCCAGGACUAAAAAAGGCAAGAAAUUUAGUAAAUAGAUAAAUAAUAGCUACUUAAAAAUUUAAAAGCAUCAUAAAGUAUUGAUAAUCUAAUUAAUGAUUUGUUGUAGGAAAGCCAAAUAAUAAAUAAUAACUUAGAAAAUCAAUUUAAUAGUUAAAAAUAGUAAAAAUCAUAUAUUGUAAAGACUGGAUCUCAAAUGAGAAACUCAAAAUAUAAACCUGGAACAACAUGCACUCCUUAUACAGCAUAAAACUGA